AUGGCCGGUACUCGGAAUUACGACUUCCUUAUCAAACUUCUCCUCAUUGGCGACUCAGGCGUUGGAAAAUCAUGCUGUCUCCUUCGGUUCAGCGAAGAUUCCUUCACACCAUCCUUCAUCACUACCAUAGGAAUCGACUUCAAGAUUCGAACAAUUGAGUUGGACGGCAAAAGGGUGAAGCUACAGAUAUGGGACACUGCGGGGCAAGAAAGGUUCAGGACCAUCACCACGGCAUACUAUAGAGGUGCAAUGGGCAUAUUGCUGGUAUAUGAUGUCACGGAUGAGCGGUCAUUCAAUAACAUUCGGACCUGGUUCUCUAAUGUCGAGCAACACGCGACUGAGGGCGUUAACAAGAUCUUGAUUGGGAACAAGUGUGAUUGGGAAGAGAAGAGGGUGGUGUCAGUAGAAAGAGGGCAGCAAUUAGCAGAUGAGCUGGGCAUACCGUUCAUGGAGGUUUCAGCAAAGAGCAACAUCAACGUGGAGAAGGCUUUCUACAGCCUCGCCGCGGACAUCAAGAAGAGGAUUAUCGAUACUUCGAAAAAUGAUCAGGCGCCUGCACAGGGCGUUAAUGUGUCGGAUCAGAAUAACAGCAUAGGCUCGAUGGGUGGGAAAUGCUGCUGA